AGCAACAAGAAAGUAACGCGGAGGAUUACACAGGUGAAUCCGUCGACAUUCAUUGCAAUUUGUGAUCAGCGAGGAAAGAAAGCAGGGAGGUUCUGUUGUAGGUGGGUGAGUAAUAGUAUCGGUCGUGUUGUGGAUAGAUCGGCAUGGCUUCUUCUUCAGCUUCUCCUCGACCGAGCGCCGCCGCGGAACAUUCGAGGAAGAUAUUAGGGUUUAUGGCGCACGCGAAGCAACGGAAGGACAGCUUCAUCCAAUUCUUCGCCAUGACGGGUAUCCUUCUAUUGAGCAUGCGAUCUUUGAGUCAGAAGUACAAAAUCCAUGGCCUCCAAGAAGACAUCCACGCCCUCAGGGUCGACCACGGUUCUCUCACCGACCGCAUCAACAACAUCAAGAACGACCUCCUUCGAGAAGCUUCUCAAGAUUCCACCGGCCUCUUCGCUUCUCGCCUUCGCCACCUCUUUGCAGAACAACACUGAUCCCUUUCCCCUCCCUGUUAAAUUGGAGAGAUGGAACCACAACAAGAAAUGGAGUGGAAUGAAGCCCAAAAGAUUCCAAUAAGCGUGGACCUUAUAGUCAUGACUUUAUUAGUUUAUUCUAAGAAUGUAGACGAAUAUGGGUCAGCCUGCAAACUUGGUCGACCCAACCUAACUUGAAAGGGAUUUUAUGUUUUGAAAGUGGCAUGGUUACCGUUGGUUCCUACAAAAUUUGUCAUUGGCUCUUAACACCACAUGAAAUUAUCCUUCUAUCUCUAAUUUAAAAAUUUCCCAUCCUUCCAUCUCCUUUGUUUCCCCCCCUUCAACGUCCCUCUGCAACGCUAAUUUUAUUUUGCAUUAUUUUGUUAAACAGAAUUCUGUUGUAGAUAAUGCUGUAGUAAAAUUAUGAUUCUGGUGUUUUUUUUGAAAUAAAACUCAGUAACGAAAUCAUGGUUUCGUUAAUUA